GAUUAAAAAGGUCAAUUGAGCAACAGAGAAAGGAACUCUCACGACAAAGCGCAUCCUUGAGACUCCGUAUCGGUGGAAGCAAGGUUUUAUAUGGAGUUUAGCGCGCUAAAGUUGAGCAAUUAUUCUUUGACGAAGUGACCGUCACUCGAACAGCAUGAUGGGUACAAGAGGCACGCCGUUCGCGCUGUGUGUUUCGGCGUUAAUAAUCUUGGUGUUUUACGUUUUGUGGCGGAGUCCAUUCAGCAAUGUUUUCCAUUCUAAUUUGGAAAGGGACCUAAUUGAUCUUGAGACGAUUUGGGGAACACAAGAUACAAAUGAAAGGCCAGUCAGACGAGAUAAUGGUCAGCACGAUGAAAUGAACUCAAAUGGUCUCCUACCGAAAAACAAACGAAAACAAACGAAUCUUAUUAUCAUAAGUCAGGGGCGUAGUGGCUCUUCUUUUGUGGGGGAAAUUUUCAAUCGACAUCAAGAUGUGCUGUAUUUCUUUGAGCCUUUUCGGGUUCUGGAAUUAGUGGAUAAAUUCAACACAUUCAUAGGGAAAACUUCGAGACGUUUUAAUGAUCUGGCAACGAUGUUUCUCGGAGAAAUGUUAGACUGCAAUUUCAAGGACUCUGAAUACCUCAGUUAUUUUUCCAGGCCUGGACAUUUUAGAUUUUCAAGUCGCGUUCUGCGCAAGUCACCGUUUUGCCAGCCUCAUGAUGAAAAACUCAGUUUCCAGGAAAUUAUAAAGAGAAAAUUAUGUAUCAAUGUUAAGGCUACCGAACUUAGCAAAACCUGCAAAGAGUUGAAAGUCACCGUUGUCAAAAUCCUUGAGCAUAGGAUUAUGGGAAGGCAGAUACAGAGCCUAAAGCCUCUGUUUGAAACCGAGGCAUUUCUUGGAAAAAUCCUAUACUUGGUCCGAGAUCCCCGCGCGGUGAUUUCCUCGAUGUACUUUGGCGGAUGGAUGACAUACGUUAACGCGCAAAAGCAGAUGAUAUUUUAUACAAUAAAAAGCGAGAAAUUCAUCUGGUAUGUCAAGAGAAUAUGCGGCCAGAUUGAGUCAAACUUGAAGUUUAUAAUGAGACCCGAAAGAUGGCUGACAGGCAGGGUCAAAGUCGUGCGGUAUGAGGAUCUAAUAUUGGAACCGGAAAAAAAUACUCGAAAAAUCUUCAAAUUUGUGGAUCUUCCAUUUCCUGUCGACAUGCGGCAAUGGCUUUACAACAGGACUCACUUCAAAGAAGUGUUAAAUUCAAAUAUAGGGACUUUUUCUACUAGAAAGAAUUCUACAAUCUCGAUGCGAAAAUGGAGGCUGAAGUCACCCGUAGAAAUGGUCUCACUAGUGGAGAAGCACUGCUCAGGCGUGAUGGAUGCGCUCGGGUAUCUUCCCUCGCGUGGAUCCCGUGAGAUUCUCGCGCGUUUGGAUAUACCACUCGUGUCCAGACGCCUCAUCCGAGCCGGACUGAGAUGAUAGGAAGAGAAUCAGUUACUAAAAGGCGAGUGUUUCCCCUUGGGUUCCACACGCGAGAUACUCGAGCGCUGGUAAACAUCUCGUGUCCAGAUGCCUAACCCCAGCCGGACUGAGAUGAUAGGAUAGGAAAUGAGUUAAGGCUAGUGUUUCCCCUUGGGUUCCACACGAGAGAUGCUCGCGAGUUUGGAUAAACCUUUCGUGCCCAGACGUCUCAUCCCCAACUAGACUGAGUAAAUAGGAUAGGGAAUGGGUUACUGUAAUGGCAAGUGUUUUACAUCGUGCGCAACUCGAGAUGCUUGCGCGUUUUAUGCUUAGUGACUCGCCCCAGCUAGAUUGAUAAAAAAAUAAUGAUAGAACUACAGGACAUGAUAGAACAAUAGAACAGAGUGGUUAACUGGGACACACAUGGAUUUAAGUUAAAGUUAAAGUUUCCUUCCAACCUGAUAUUCAGCCGGGGCCUGGGCCCUACUAAAACAUAGGACCCAGGCCCCGGCUGAAAAUCAGGCUAGUUUCCUACCUCAAGUAAUAAAAUGUUUCUUGGUAAAAAUUAAUUGUUAUUUUGUUCAAAUCGCGCUAUCAUGGCCAUUGAGAGUCUUUAGUUACCAGGAACGCAAAUAAAAGAAAAUUCCUAUCGACCCGAAGUAGUCCUU